AAUGCAGACCGGAAGCGGAAGUCGGGCGCCGCCAUAGCGGGCAGGAGCGGGGAAGGGGAGGCGCGGAGGGGUCCGGGGGGAUCCCGGGGGGGGUCCCGGCCAUCAUGGCCGCCCCCGCCAACGCUCAGAGCGCCAGCAAGACGUGGGAGCUCAGCCUGUAUGAGCUGCACCGGACCCCGCAGGAAGCCAUCAUGGACGGGACGGAGAUCGCGGUGUCCCCUCGCAGCCUGCACAGCGAGUUGAUGUGCCCCAUCUGCCUGGACAUGCUGAAGAACACCAUGACCACCAAGGAGUGCCUGCAUCGCUUCUGCUCCGACUGCAUCGUCACCGCGCUGCGCAGCGGGAACAAGGAGUGCCCCACGUGCCGUAAGAAGCUGGUUUCCAAACGUUCCCUUCGUCCCGACCCCAAUUUCGACGCCCUGAUCUCCAAGAUUUACCCGAGUCGCGAUGAAUACGAGGCUCACCAGGACCGAGUGCUGGCCAAGCUCAGCCGCCUCCACAACCAGCAGGCGCUCAGCAGCAGCAUCGAGGAGGGGCUCAAGAUGCAGGCCAUGCACAGAGCUCAGCGUGUCCGGAAGUUACACGCCGAGUCGGACAACGCGACGUUCAGCGGCGGGGAGGACAAUUGCGACACUCGCUCCCACCUCAGCACCGCGUCCGCCCCCAGCCACCCGGAAGCGGGACCGUCACACCGGAAGCGAUCCCGAGCUUCCGAUGACUCCGGCCCGGAAGUAGAUCCAGAAACGGCGGUUGAAAAUACCGGAAGUGGUGGUGGUGGUGGUGGAACAACCGGAACCGGAAGUGGUGGUGGUGGGGGAGGAGCAGGGGGAGGAGGUGGGCGGAGCACGCCGGAAGCCGGAAGUGACGUCAGCGGAAGUGAGAUCGAGCUCGUCUUCCGGCCUCAUCCGCUAUUGGUCCUGGCAGCUGUAUAUACCCCCCUUGCUCUCUAUAGGUACGUGAAGACCACAGCCAACGCCACGGUGGACCACCUGUCGAAGUACCUGGCCCUUCGGAUCGCGUUGGAGGAGACCCCCACCCCGGGACCCGACGCCGCGGGGCUGGAGGACGUCAGUGAGAAGCAGUACACCAUCUACAUCACCACCACGGGGGGGGCAUUCACGGUACGACCCAUAGGGACCCCACAUAGGGACCCCCCCAUAGGGACCCCUAUAUGGACCCCCAUAUGGACCUUCCCAUAGGGACCUUCCCAUAGG